GGUCCGGCCGGGCCGGUGMGGGGGGAGCGGAGGCGCGGGGGCUCGGCGCGGCCGCCGCCAUGCCUGGCAUCGACAAACUGCCCAUCGAGGAGACGCUGGAGGACAGCCCGCAGACCCGCUCUUUGCUGGGAGUGUUUGAAGAAGAUGCUGCUGCAAUAUCCAAUUACAUCAAUCAGUUGUUUCAAGCCAUGCACAGAAUAUAUGAUGCACAGAAUGAGUUAAGUGCAGCAACUCAUCUGACUUCAAAGCUUCUGAAGGAAUAUGAGAAACAGCGUUUUCCACUCGGGGGAGAUGAUGAAGUCAUGACUUCCACUCUGCAGCAAUUUGCAAAAGUGAUUGAUGAGCUCAGCUCUUGCCAUGCAGUACUUUCAACUCAGCUUGCAGAUGCAAUGAUGUUUCCUAUUACCCAAUUUAAAGAAAGGGACCUAAAAGAGAUAUUAACGCUAAAAGAAGUUUUCCAAAUUGCAAGCAAUGACCAUGAUGCUGCCAUAACCAGAUACAGUCGGUUGUCAAAAAGAAGGGAAAAUGAAAAGAUCAAGGCUGAAGUUACAGAAGAUGUAUAUACUUCAAGGAAAAAACAGCAUCAGACUAUGAUGCAUUAUUUCUGUGCGUUAAAUUCUCUCCAGUACAAAAAGAAAAUUUCUCUGCUAGARCCCUUGCUAGGAUACAUGCAAGCUCAGAUAAGCUUUUUUAAAAUGGGUUCAGAAAACCUUACUGAACAACUGGAAGAAUUUUUGACCAAUAUUGGCACAAGUGUACAGAAUGUUCGCAGGGAAAUGGAUUGUGAAGUAGAAAACAUGCAACAAACUAUAGAGGAUUUGGAAGUAGCCAGUGAUCCACUGUAUUUGCCUGAUCCUGAUCCUUCAAAAUUUCCUGCUCACAGGAAUCUGACACGGAAAGCUGGCUAUCUCAAUGCAAGAAAUAAGACAGGGCUGGUAUCUUCCAGUUGGGAGAGACAGUUUUACUUCACUCAAGGUGGAAAUCUGAUGAGCCAGGCRAGAGGUGAUGUAGCUGGGGGUCUUGUCAUGGAUAUAGACAAUUGUUCUGUGAUGGCUGUGGACUGUGAGGACAGGCGGUACUGUUUCCAGAUAACAUCUUUUGAUGGCAAAAAGUCUUCAAUCUUACAGGCAGAAAGUAGGAAAGAUUAUGAAGAGUGGAUAUGCACCAUAAACAACAUAUCUAAGCAGAUAUAUCUAAGUGAAAACCCUGAGGAAAUUGCUGCCCGUGUGAACCAGUCAGCUCUGGAGGCUGUGACUCCUUCUCCUUCCUUUCAGCAGAGGCAUGAGAGCAURAGACCAGCUGUACAAUCUCGUCCUCCUGCAACUCGUACCAGCAGCACAGGRUCACUGGGAUCUGACUCAGCAGCUCUCUCAGCACUUUCCUUGGAUUCACUUGUUGCCCCUGACACUCCCAUCCAAUUUGACAUAAUAUCUCCAGUUAGUGAAGAUCUGCCUGGCCAGGCAAAAUCUUCAGGGCAAUCGGGCAGACGCACAAAUCCUUUUGGUGAAUCWGGAGGCUCAAAACCUGAAACAGAAGAUUCAAUCCUUCAUCAGUUAUUUAUUGUAAGAUUUCUUGGCUCUAUGGAGGUGAAGUCUGAUGAAAGCCCAGAUGUUGUUUAUGAAACAAUGCGUCAAAUACUCGCUGCUCGCGCCAUCCAUAACGUGUUCAGGAUGACAGAAUCACACUUGUUAGUCACUUGUGACUGUUUAAAGUUAAUUGAUCCACAGACACAAGUUACAAGACUACGAUUUCCUUUGCCCAAUGUAGUUCUGUAUGCUACACACCAGGAGAACAAGCGCCUGUUUGGAUUUGUGCUUAGAACCUCAGGAGGGAGAGUGGAGAGCCACCAGACUUCCAUCUGCUAUAUAUUUGAAUCAAAUAAUGAAGGGGAAAAGAUUUGUGACUCUGUUGGACUGGCCAAACAGAUAGCUUUUCAUGCAGAACUGGAUCGAAARGCCUCAGAAAAGCAGAAAGAAAUAGAUAGAGUCAAAGAGAAACAGCAAAAAGAACUGAAUAAACAAAAGCAAAUUGAAAAGGACUUGGAGGAGCAGAGCCGGUUGAUAGCAGCUUCCAGCAGAUCCAACCAGAGCAGCGCAGAGGGACAGUUCAUGGUCCUUAGCAGCAGCCAGUCAGAAGACAGUGAUUUAGGAGAAGAGGGAAAGAAGAAGAGAGAAUCUGAAGCCURAGGUUGCCUGCUUCAUUGAAAUUGCAAUCAUGGAUAUAUCUGGUGAUAUGGCACAAGUUCUACAAGAGGUGGAGGGUCUGUCAUGUUAUAGAAAAGACUUCACAAUAUGUAGACCCUAUUAUGCCUUGAUUUUUCUUUCUCAGUUAAGUGAUUUCCAUUUCCUGUCAGUAUAAUUUCUCUUGUAUGCCAGAUAAGCAUGGUGAUGCUGCCAUGUUUACUACAAACCUAUUUUCUCAAGGCUUCUCUGCAGUAUGGGAAAAAAAUGUGGGGGUUAUCCCCACUUACCUCUGUGCAAUUGACUGCUUUGGAAGCAAAACUGAAAAUUCCUUGGGCUUCAGCAGUAACACUGCAAUUCGUUCUUUACAGUGCACUGUGGAGAACACCUUGCUGGAAACAAAAGUGGAUGUCCAAAUAAGACAGUGCUAAGCUUUACCCAAUUUGUUGCACAUACUUGUUCUUAGAUUUAGAAAGAAGGAUCCUCAUUAACAUCAAUGAGAUGUACAAUAGUUCUAAGCAGAAGGAUCUUUUUUGUUUCACUUUGCACUGUAUGAUACUGUCUUGAUUUUUUUUUUUUUUGGUGAAUACAAUGAUGAAAAACUUCUUUCAACAGGAGAAAAAGAUACUGUCAGACCUAGAGAAUAGCUGAUGAGAUGCAGUUGAACUUUGUUGCAUGAGGAAAAGCAUUCCUCAUCAAAUGAUAAGAGUAAUGUAUAUAGCCUCGUAGCACAAGUGCCAUGUUCUUGGUUUUUCCCCAGUACUUGGAAUAAAAAGCUGUAAACCUUUGAUUUCAUUUUUAUAAAACGUGCUUAGAGUUGCAGGAACAUCAUAAAUUCCAUCAUAUGAAAAARUUUUCUGCAUAGAUAAAGCCUUGCUGCCAGUACACUUCAUCUACUGAAAGUAAGUUGAGGCUCUUUAGUCUUUUUAUGGAAAAUGAUUUUGCAAACAGAAUUUACAGAACAGAAUUUUCAGAACAGARUUCUGAAGUAAGAGAUGAUACUAAUUCUACAUCCUAGAGUUAAUYCUGGAAAGCAUUUUUCAAAGUGGUGUCUGUUUACAGUUUGUAAUCUGCACUCCAUAUUCCAUAUCCUGUGUAAUAUUUAUUUUGUAUAGUAUUAGAUGUCCAUUCACCUUUUGAUCCAGAAGAGAAAUCUUGUUUGAAGAGAAAUAUUUAUUUUUGCACUAAUUACUAUAAAUAUUAAAAUCCAGUGGAACAGAAGAUAGCUUUCUAAUAGUGGCAUGAAAAUAACAGGAUAUGUAAAGAGAAAAGAAUAUACUUAUAUUCCAAGUUAUAAUAUAACAGUUAUGAGUGAUUUUCAGUUCAUUGCAGGGCAUUUCUGGUGUUCAGGAAUGGAAGCAAUUUUGAGAGUAUCUCCUCAGCAGCUGGUGAUGGCCCAGCCCCUCGUAGCUGGAGUUGCUCAGUGCUUGAUAAAGUAAGUGAGGAAUCUCAGGUGGUGUCUGCUGGAUGGCUGUAGGUGACAGAGGGCUCUUCUAACCCAUGGGAGUGCCCUGCCCUGGCURAAGCCAGCAUCCUCCUCCUGCCCUUGGUGCUGGAGAUGUCACUUUGUGUGCAGAGUUCUGGCCUCAGCUCCUGUGACAGAAGGGAAGGGCAGCAGUGCCUGCCCUCMCAGCCCUGGCCAGGACCAGCACAGGCAGCUCUGGGCAGAAGUUGCACCAGAGCCGGGCAGGGGCUUGAGCAGCCACCAACAGGAGGAGGGAAAGGCUGAGGAGGAGAGAGSCCCCAGGUUCUCUUCCUGAGUUAGUUACCGGGUCCUGUUCUAGUGCAUUUUUCAUCCCCAGAGUAGCCAGUCACUUGUAGAAAUAUCUGCUUUUGCUGUUGCCCARUUAAGUCCAAUAGAAUUGCCCUGUGGCCAGAUUUGGCUGGCACACUGCCAAUGGACCACCAACCAACCUGAGGCGUUUUUUAAAAGACAGUGGCAUUUUUAUUUCAUAUCUAGGCCUCCAUUCUCCGCUUCCAUUUUUAAGAGACUAUUUUUACUCUUGCCAGCAAAAAUGUACAGAGAGGCAGCAAAUCUGGUUUUUUCCCUUYUUGUGUUUAAAUCAAGGCUUACAGGGAGUGGCAAGGCAGACUGUCUUUGUAAAUUGUUCCAGUUCAUGUUUGUGUUUGUUUUUUAUUUUCUGAUACUUUGUUUUCUAUCAAAUAAUGCCACAGGGUAGCUCAAGGUUACUGUGUCUUACAUCUUUCUGGAGUGAGGAUCUUACUCACUGAGGMUGAAGCAGUUUUGAAACAGCACAGGAAGUCUGAAAUCAGUGAUCUCCAGUGUCUAGAAUCCAGUCCUCAGCUUGUCAGAGAAGGACUGAUUGUGUAAAGCACCGGGGCUGCAGUAGCCCAGGCUCCAGAGGGAAGACAGAUAAUAGACAAGCACUCUCAUGAAAARGCAUUUCUCAUCUGCAGCCUGUUUUGCAUUAGCCUUAUUGAAGAAAUAUCAGAAAAUGGAAUUACUGUAUUUUUCUCAAAACCUAUCAUUACUAUUUUAGAUAUGAAUCUGCAAAGAUGAGGAAGAAAGGCUAGUGAAGUUGGCAAGGGAAUUUACUGUCAUAUGGGAUUUUUUUCAUUUAGCAAUAAAUAUUGGAAUUAUUCCAUUUGCUUUUCAGGUUUCCCAUCUAUGCCAAUAUAUGUAGCUUUCUAAAACAGAGUAGGAGGGARGUGCAUUUCACUUAAUGUUGGAUGAUUCUCAUCUUAACCACUAAAUUAUUGAUACGCAUGAAUGAAAUGUAGGGGUUGGUUUUUUGCUUAUUUAGGGGAGUUUCAUUAGUGUAAAAUGAGCAAGAAGGUAGAAAAGCAUCUGGGCUAAUGAAAGCUGUAAGAGCAAAGGUCGAGUCAGCAAAGCUGAGGAAGUCAGACUGGAAUKGUGAUUGAGUUGGCAGGGGGUGAGAAUUGCUGAGCUUUGCCUAAGGGGAGGAUCACACAGGGUGCAAUUAGAACUCUCUGAAGGCAAAAAUAGCUGCUGAGGUUUUAUCCAUGCCCUUCCUCCCAAAAAGAAAAGUUAUUUGGUACUUUUUACCCUAUAUGGUUUAGAACUCCUUCAUUAGAAAACAGUUUUGUUAAUUAAAACAAAAAUCAGAACCCUUGGUAUUUUCAUUGAGAGUAUGACUUUUAGUGGGAACACCUCAUGYUCUGCUGCAGUAGGAUUUCACCACCUGAGUAUUUUAUUAUUGUAACUAAAUUACUAGUUGAUUUCCUCUCCUAAAUUACAGGGGAUUAAAUAAACUCUCCUGUUUAUUAUUUCCUAUUGACUUUGUAUUCACAAACUGAUCUUUCAAGCACUUUCAGCUGAAGCUGUAGUUUGCUUCAUGUACAUCURCUAUGAUUUCAGUCACUCCUGAAAGUGAGUGACUGAAAUAAUUAUUUCAAGUCCAUAAUACUGAAGUGACUUCAUGUAGGUACUGAAUUGGCAGUGUUGUUCAGGACUAACUGCUGUGUUGCUAAUUACAGCCUCAUAAUGAUUGCCACACUUUUAUCCCUUAGAUAAGAGGAUAUGAAGCUUGUUACACUGUGAAGAUUUACACACUGCAGACCAAGCCAGUCUUGCUGUCAGUUGUUUCAAGCUACAUACAUUCUUUAUGUAUGUAAUGGCAUGAAUAUAAAAAUAUAUCAGAUGUGCUUAUGGGUAAGCAUUUUAUUGCAUUACAGAUGAUAGCUGGCACUCCUCUGUGGCCAUUGCCACAUUUGGCCAAGUCUGAACCCGAGGACAAGGUCAAAGUCAUGUGCAACUUAAACAUAUCUAACUGGGUAUGAUCAGCUAGUGAAAAGUCAUUUGAAUGCCAUAGUCUUACUUCCUUAAUCUGUUUAGGUUUGAAAUUGUACUGUUGACAAUUUACUGUCGAACAGUAAAGUAAUAUUUCAGAGUUAAGAAACAUUUCCCUUCUAGAGAGCUGUCAGAUUACCUCUUUACAUAGAUGUAAACCYAGAGCUGAAAAUCAUGAAACAGCUGAAGCUAUUUAUGAAACUGUAACUGAUGUACAUGGAUAUAAAGAAAUAAAUUUGCCUGUUUAAGUUGAAUUCUAUCUAUGUUUAAGGUUAAGAUUAAUUARUUGCACAGCAUUUGGGACAAGCCAGUGGUGAAAACUAUGCUACAAUAUAGUCUCUUAUUAUUUAGGAAAUAGUUCACCUAGAGAAAGAAAACUGCCACUGCUUAAGUGAAUUUAGUAGAGAUAUCGUCUAGUGUAACAGCAAAAGCUGAUACUUUAUAUUCUUUCUCUUGUUCUCUAUUACAAAAAUACUUGCAAGUUAAUUGGUCCCCAAGGCUUUUUGUUUUAAUUAAGUACUAAGUUGACAUUUGUUUCCCUGCCACAGUGGUAUCUAAGUUGUCACGACAAGAGUAAGUCAAUGUGUCAUUGUGAAUGCACUUGUAUUCCUAAUGAAGUUUAUAUUGCAAGCCGAGGAUUUUGUACAAUCUUUCUGGUCGUUUUUAUAAUACAGUGGAGUGAUCAAAUUCUAAUGAUGGUGUUCUGGAUUGGUCCUGUUCUGGUGAAGUGUAAGUGAUUUUUGCAAUGUUUGAGACUGACUUGCACAUUUUCCCURAAUAGCUGUAUUAAAAACCACCAAUGGCAUAUUUAUGUCAACUCUGUUGUGUCUYAAUCUUGGAAACAUGGAUAGUAACCCUAUUGUGCCAGGGCUCCAGUCAGCAUUUUGUAUACUAAAUAAAAGCUUAACUAUAGUAACUAUCUGGGUGGGACUUGUACUGAUGCAAAAGCCUUCUGCAUUCUUCAUCAUACUUUCAGGAAAUACCAUUAUUGGUGACAAAAUGUGUUCCCUUGCAUUAAACAAAGGUCUAACAUGYGUUUAUAGCCAGCCCUCUGUUGUCAAGUGUAGCUCAGUCCUCUUAACUUUUAUAGUAUUAGCCAGAUAACCUCAGAGGAAGUUGUUAUACUUGGGAAUGCUGAUAACUUAUUUUUGCAACAAUCAAAGCCUGAGGGURAACAGGAGCUGUGGCAGCUGGCUGGGCAGGGCCCGUGGUGGUGCAGUGACACAGGACAGUGAGGGCUCUGCAGAGCCACGGUUCAGGGAACAAGCCCAGUGCUGAGGCUCUACCAGCASAACCCUGACCACAGGUACUGGACAUAUCACAGGCUAAGUUAAUUAUGUGAUAAACACCAUGUAAAAAACCAUGGGCCAUAACCACAUUAUGGUUAAAUUUGUAUUUUAUAAGGUUUGUAGAUUUUUCUGGGGAAAAGCAGACUUUUGAAUUCUGUAACUUCCAUGAUAAAGAUGCAUGUAUAACUAUAAAAAAAAAAAUCUAUGCUUACUUGAUUAUGAAGGAAUAAAUGCU